UUACCGUGGGAAUAUUUCUAUUCAAUGCCGUCUUUAUCCGCUUGCCUGACCCGUUACUUUCCGUUUUGCUUCCACUGUUUCACAUACUCGCUUUCUUCCUCUUCCGCCCGUCAGCUCGUUCGUCAUCUCUACUUCAUCUAUUUCCACGUAGCUUACUCUGUCAUUCCAAUGUCUCUUUCUUUCUCUCCUUUGAAAUGUGCCUCCGCCUCCGCCUCUUCCCCUUCUGCUUUGUACCUUACCGUCUCUCUCCUGUGCUUGCCUCCCAUCUCUAUCUCUUCCUCUUCGUACUCGAACCCGAUUCGUCGUUUCAUCUUCGGCGUGCGUUGUGGGUCCUUGUCGCUCGCAACACUCUUGUUCUUCGCAGUGUUCUGAAAUAAUGUUAAUCUGUGUGUUUAUUCGUUCAUUGGUCGUGGCUUACCGUAGUGUGGUCACAAUAUCAUUUUCAUCCUUAUGUGGUCUCCUCAACACUUCACAAAUACGAUGGAGCAUCGCGCUUCCACUAUGUCGCCUAUCCUGAACAUAUGUGGCCUCGGUUGGCUGGUAUUGUUUAUUAUGGAGCGCGACACUUCACCGCGCGAUUUGUAGAUGCAGAGAACCAAGUAUGGUUUAACGACGGCAUUGCAUUAGGUAGACAUUCGCUACAUG